AUGUUUAGUAGUGGCAAAAAUUGGUUUGUGAUGAGGACGUAUCAAACGUUGAUCGUGUGUGUACUGAUUGGUCAGAUAGCAUGUGAUCAGGACAGACGAAUUCCACGAGACUUUAUGCUGGGUUCGGGGCUAUCGUCAUAUCAGUAUGAAGGUGCUUGGAACGAAGACGGCCGGGGACCAUCUUUCUGGGAUGCUGAGCUUCACAAUCCAAAACCAAAAGACUUCGUCAUCGAUAACAGUAACGCAGAUUUGGCUGCAGAUGGCUACCAUCUUUAUAAGGAAGAUAUCCAGCUAGUGAAGGACAUGGGCUUGGACUCCCUAAGGUUUUCAUUCUCAUGGCCGCGAAUCUUACCGACCGGAUACGCAAAUAAAAUCAAUCAAGCUGGCAUCGAUUACUACAAUGAUUUUAUCGAUGAACUGCUUAAAUAUAAUAUAACACCGAUCGCAACGAUGUACCAAAUGGACAUGCCUGCCAAGUUACUAGAAUACGGCUCUUGGACAAAUCCCGCUGUGGUUGAUUUCUUUUUGGAUUACGUGAAGAUACUAUACGAUAAUUUCGGUGAUAGAGUCAAGCUGUGGAUCACCAUCAAUGAGCCAUUCAUCUACUGCUACUACUCAUACAGUAACAUUGGGUUUCCACCCUUCCUUGACUUAUCCGGAGUAGGUGAUUACAUCUGCAUGAAAAACAUGCUGAUCGCCAAUGCUCGUGCGUACCGUUUAUAUCAUAAGCAUUACAGAAAACAACAGGGUGGACAAGUAGGACUCAUUUUACUUAACAACUGGCAUGAGCCUUUGACCAAUUCAACGGAUGAUGUGGAAGCGGCUGAUGAUUCCAAUAAAUUUAUGAAUGAAAUGUUUUUGCACGCAAUAUUCUCAGAAGUUGGAGGUUAUCCGAAAAUUGUAAAACAAAAGAUAGAUGCCAAAAGUGCGGAACAAGGGUUUCCUAGAUCUCGUCUCCCGCCCUUAUCGGAAAGUGAGAUUAAAAUGAUAAAAGGCACAGCAGACUUCGUGGGCUUGAACUCGUACUUCACUAGCUAUGUGUACAGAAACAGGUCGGUUGACGAUCUACAUCAUGUGCCAUCCAUGCUUAAUGAUGUUUACAUCGGGUUUGAUGUAGAUCCAGCGGCAUUGGAUGCGUCGUAUCGGUUUAAGUCAGUUCCGGAUAGCGCAUAUAAGCUUCUCAUGAACAUUAAGGAGUCGUACAACAAUCCCCCUAUAUACAUAACUGAGAACGGGUACACGACUCAAGGAGGACUGGAUGAUGACGAUAGAGUAGAAUAUAUUAAUGACUUCCUCAACGCAGUGCUAGAUGCCAGAGAAGGUGGCUGUGAUGUUCGGGGGUACAAUGUUUGGAGCUUCAUAGAUCUGUUCGAGUGGAAAUAUGGAUAUGUGAAUAAGUAUGGGCUAUAUGAAGUCGAUUUCUCGAGUCCAAACCGAACGCGGACUGCAAGAAAAUCAGCUCACUACUACAAAAACAUAGCGACCACUAGGACCAUAUCUAAGAAAGUAAAAGAAAUAAAGUGA